AUGUCACAGAUGAAGGCAACAUUUACAGAGCAAUAUGCCGUGGAGCAGCAUUUAGAGGAGAAGAAAAGGGCUGAGGAUGCAGAGCGUUUGUCACACAUUAAAAAGGCUAAGAACCAUGUUAUUGGGUACGGCUGGGCAACGGACCAUUUUGAACCCACUAUCUCUGAAUUUCAGGGUGGGUUUGUGUGGCCCCAUUUCAUCACCACCACUGAUGUCCUUUCCGACUUGGACAUACCCCUUGAUGUGAACCCGUCUUCGACACACAUCAAGCUUUACCAUCAUCAGGUCCACACUUGGACUAAGGUUUCUGUUGGCCAUGUUGUCACCCCCAAGGAUGGCGAUAGGAUCUUUCUGAAGGCUCUUGGCAUCUCCCACUGUCUUAACUUUGAUGAUCUGUUGACGAAGUCCCUGAGCCAGGGGGGCAGUAUCCAUAUCAGAAACAAUUUAGCCGGUGAACAUGCAUUUGUUCGCCAACAGCUCAAGUCUCGCACCAGCCCCUCACCCGAGUUCACGUUCAGUGAUGCUGAGCCAACCACCAAGUCCACACAGCACAUUCCCAAGUCCGUAGCUCGUUCAACCCAACCACCUAGCCCUGAUUCCUCUAUCAACAUCACUGCGACACAAGACCCACUGCUGAGCCUCAAAUCAAGACACCAUCACCUAGUGUUCGAAAGUCCGGUUAGGUUAGGUUAUUGGGUGCCCAGGGGCUCUAACCGAGACCGAGACAGGUUAGCCUUUGUCCUGAAACCUAAAAUAACCUAA